AUGCGCGAUGGAAGAAAGGAUAUCGCACUCGGCGACAGGCAGUACUGGACCUGGCUGAACUAUACAUUGAUGUACGCUAUGUUAUGUGGACCGCUCACGUCAAGUUGGGUUAGUUUUUUGACCCCGACGUCUGUGGAUCUCGAGUUUUAUUUCACGGGUACACAAAUGAACUACUCCGCUGCCGCCGCACCACUUCAAGCUAAUUGGGGCGGGUAUGUUGCUCCAUAUCCUAGCGGGAGUUCACCACUUGUUACCUACAUGAACGCAACAAGAGGCCUGCAGGGUUACGGUCUUCAGCAGGUGUCUCAGUAUACUCAAGCCGGAACUGCGGCAGUCGUGAAUGAGUUUGGCUCACCGUACUACAUCCCCUUGCUGGAUGCAUUGUAUAAUGGUUCAACAGGGGGUGUAUUCAUAAAUCACUCGGCAAUGACGCAAGAUGCCAGUUUAAGCAUCCCAUCCGAAUAUGCAGGAUGGACUCAAAGCUAUACAACGUUCCAACAAGGCCUUAGUGCGGAAGUCCACUGUCGACAGCAGUCAUUCAUCAAUGCAACCGAUGUGUAUCCAUCUGUGGAUUUAUAUAGCAGUGCAUCAUUGGGAACAUCGAUCGAUGGGCCCAAUGUGGGCGUCACAGUGGACUAUGCUAUACAGAGAUGGUUGACGAUCACAAAUUGUUCAAGCGAUUCAGUUGCUUACACCAUCGAUAUCCUGGCAAUGGUUAAUCUAACUGGUUCGGCUCUGGGCGACGGUGUCUUAAUUGGCUCAAUCUGCAAAUACCAGGACUUCGAGAAAGCGACAAACCAGUCUUUCCUUGUUCUUAUGCAAGGCUUUGAACCUUGGUACUCCUUCAUCACACCCACGAUUUGUGAAGUUUCUCCUCGUAUUACAUCCGUUAAGGUCGACUUUGAUGGGACUACCGUGAACAUCAACGAAACCACGAAUUUUGAGCCGUUGGACCCAGAAGGCCAACAAGCCGUCUUUAUAGACCAAAUUUCAGACCUCAUCUGGUUGAUGACGUUUGAUACGCAGAGUAUUUCUGGAAAUUCCAUGGCAGCUGGUAUUCAGAUGGCCAUACCGGACAGUGCUUUAUUGAACUUCACGUUGGAAAACUACCUGAGAGGGGCUAUCGAAUUACUUGGAACGUUCUGGCAACUUGAGCUCCAGCAGAUGAGCGACACCACCAUGAUGCAGUACACUGGAAUAGUUCACGUACAGUCAAUGGGAUACGAGUACAAACGGUCAACGUCCCUUUUGCUCCUUGUGCCUCUGGCGGUCGUGGUGAUUCUCACCUGCGUUGCUGCGGUCUACACACCUGCGGUAGAGCCGAAAAAGCCUGGAAAAGUGUCUCUCGACUUUAGCGAGGGCAUAGAUAAGGGGAUGGCCGACCCUGCAUCGUGCUUUGCAGACUUGGAGAACUUUGACCCCACCAAUAUCGUCCACCUCAUGAUGCUUGCUUCUAAAACCCCGCUGCCCCAGGAGUAUACCCCAGGGGAGAACGAAGUCUUACAGUUUCAUCUGAAAUAG